CCCCUCCAUCGGUCUUCUAUAAAUAAGAGCCCUCCCUUCUUCUUAUGGCACCAGCAGCAAAGGAGAGCUACCGCCAAUCAUCGAUCAGUUGCGCUAGUAAACAGUCUGAUUGCCAGCUGAAGCGAUGGCUACCGGCGGCGUGGAGCUUGUGAAGAAGAACAAGAUGGCUAUUUUCUGCGCUCUGGCAGUCGUGAUGGCCCUGCUGAUGGCCACACAAGCAGCGGCAACGGCAGGCAACCAAGGCGCAGCACGCCGACUCCUGCAGAUCUGGAAGUGCCAGUAUCGCAACUGCAACUGCCGUACCUGCUCGAUAUUUAAUUGGGCGUGUUGCAGCGCCUGCUGCUGAUAAGAAGAAAAGGUUACAUGUGGUUGCUACGUUGUUUUAGCAGUCGUCGUCUUCAUCCCACGUCGUACGUUCUGAUGACAAUAAUUCAGAUUUCCUAUCAACCCUCAGUGUACUGUACGUACUCAUGCUUGAAUAAUAACCGUUUCCUGUGCCGUUUUUGUGGA